AUGCGACUAUUCACCGUAUCUGUUUACACUGCAGCAUUUGGUGCAUUUGAUGCUGAAUCCAUGCCAGAUGGCAUUCAAGUCCAGCAUGACAUUCAUUCAGGUAUGAUGCUUAGCUUCACAAACAGAGUCAAUCUACUUGCAUUUGCCGAUAUGGCUGCAAACACAUAUUCAAAAAGUAGUCUAAGCAACGAGCUGGCUGUAUUUGGGUACGGCGAUAGUAGGUUACGUGCAAAAGCAUUUGCGCAUGGCACUAGUGUGGUUGUGGCAUUCAAAGGAACAAGCCCUGCAUUCAUGGGAAUAGAAACAGGACGAACAUCAAAAGCAGACAAAUUUAUUGACAAGGUUUUAUACUCAAUAUGUAACACGCAUGAAUGCGAGCUGCAGAAGCGCAAGGACCUCAACAGAACGGGAUAUCUUGCAGAUGCACUUCAAAUAGUACAAUCUGUUGCGAAUAUGUAUCCUGGUAAGAGCUUGGUUCUUACUGGGCACUCAAUGGGUGGUACCAUUGCAUCUCUUACUGCAACCAUACUUAACCUCCCUGCAAUAGUAUUUUCAUCACCCGGUGAUGCAUACAUAGCAAGGAUUCUUGGAGCUGGCAUGCCGAAGAAUGUGCAUCGGAGCAUCAUACAUGUUGGAAUGUGCAAUGAUGCCGUGUUUAAAGGCGAAUGCAGCAAAGCAUAUGGCCCAUGCGGAGUGUUUGGAUACAGCAUCCAGACAAAGUGCCAUGUCGGCACUGCAUUCUGCAUAAGCAGUGAUGGAUGGAGCAGUGUACUGUAUCAUCCAAUCGGUGUUAUCAAAAGCAAGCUUGCAUCCUUUGAUGACAUUGUGCUGGCCAACAUUCACGAAGGAGGCUGCCAUGCCGAAUAG